AGAUUUUUGUGAAAUGUGUGAAAAAUAAUUUUUUUAAAAAAAUCUUCCCACUAUUUUUGGACUGUAGAGAGUAUAGAAAACCCAAAUAAGCAAGUCCAGAAUCAAGAUCCAGAUCUAAUAAAAAUUCAAAAAAUCUAUUUCUAAUUUUCUUAACCAAAAAAAAAAAAAAUUCAAAAAAUCGAGUUUCUCUCUCCAUCCCAAGAGUCAAUAGUGCGUCCCCUCUCUAUUCAUUCAAAAUCCGUUUCAAUUUCUCUUCUUCCCCCCAACGGCUACUUCAAACUUCCCCUCUCUCUCUCUCUCUCUCUUCUUACCUCUCCCAUUUCUUUCUCUCUCUUCACCGGAAAAAAUGAAGCAUUUCAUGCUUCCAAGAAACGCAACCGCAAGAGACGCCGCAGAGCUUCCAUCUUCAUCAAGUCCUAGCAGCUCCGCCAAAUCUAGACCCACUCGUAAACACAGCCAAACCAAAGAAAACUCAGAUCCAAAUUGCACCGUCACUUCUUCCCCUUCCCAUGUCAAAUUGAAAAGUCCAUUACCACCAAGACCUCCAUCUUCCAAUCCUCUCAAACGCAAGCUCGCUCUUGAUACUCUCGCCGCCGAUAAUUCACUCCCGGCAACUUCCGAUUCCGGUGUCAAGGUUAUUGUGAGGAUGAGACCGUUGCGCAACGAUAAGGACGAAGGAGAUCCUAUUGUUCAGAAGAUCUCCGGUGAUUCUUUAACCAUUAAUGGCCACAGUUUUACCUUUGAUUCUGUUGCUGAUGUUGAUUCUACUCAGCUUGAUAUUUUUGAACAUGUUGGGGUUCCUCUGGUUGAGAAUUGUUUGGCUGGUUUCAAUAGUUCCGUCUUUGCUUAUGGACAGACGGGGAGUGGGAAGACUUUUACAAUGUGGGGUCCGGCCAAUUCUUUGUCUGAAGAAAAUGUAGCAAAGGAGCAACAAGGACUAACACCGCGAGUUUUUGAGCGACUAUUUGCACGUAUAAAUGAAGAGCAAAUUAAGAACUCUGAUCAACAGCUCAAUUAUCAGUGCCACUGCUCUUUUCUCGAGAUAUAUAAUGAGCAAAUCACAGAUCUGUUUGAUCCAAAUCAAAAGAACCUUCAGAUUAGAGAAGAUGUCAAAUCAGGUGUUUAUGUUGAAAAUCUUACAGAGGAGCAGGUGUCUACAAUGAAGGAUGUUACUCAGCUUUUACUGAAGGGAUUAUCAAACAGGAGAAUAGGUGCAACCAGUAUAAAUUCUGAAAGUUCCCGCUCUCACACUGUUUUUACUUGUGUUGUUGAGUCCCGAUGCAAGAGUGCAGCAGACGGUGUGAGCAGAUUAAAAACAAGUAGAAUCAAUCUUGUUGAUCUGGCUGGGUCAGAACGACAAAAAUCAACAGGUGCUGCCGGAGAGCGUUUGAAGGAGGCUGGCAAUAUUAAUAGAUCACUCUCACAGCUUGGGAAUUUGAUAAACAUUCUUGCUGAGGUCUCUCAAACAGGAAAGCAGCGGCACAUACCAUACAGAGAUUCCAGGUUGACAUUUUUGUUGCAGGAGUCUCUUGGAGGAAAUGCUAAAUUAGCAAUGGUUUGUGCUAUAUCACCGGCACAAAGUUGUAGGAGUGAGACCUUCAGUACAUUGAGAUUCGCACAACGUGCCAAAGCCAUCAAGAACAAGGCAGUUGUUAAUGAAGUUAUGCAGGAUAAUGUGAACCACUUGCGCCAAGUGAUACGACAACUCAGGGAUGAACUGCAUCGAAUUAAAGAAAAUGGUUACAAUCCAAUGGACCCAAGUGGAGGUCAUUCAGCAGCUUGGGUUCGAAAAAGCUUGAACAUAUUACAGUCUAGCCUCAAUAGACCGCCACCAUUAUGCCGUGUCGAUGAAGAUGGUGAUGAGGAGAUGGAGAUUGACGAGGAAGAGGUUGAAGACCAGGAUCAAGUAAAUUUUGCAUCAGAAAAUGGCAACAAAAUGGACACUGAUGAUCAAGAUUUUGCCCAACCGUGUGAGGAGAAAAAUAAUGUCUCUGCUGGCACUAAAUUUCUAAAUGAAGAAUCAUCCUGUCCUGUGGGUGAACCUGACAGUGGAGAUUUCUCCGGUUUUUCAGCCUCAGACCCGUCCGGUGAUUCACCCAGUGCCACAGUGAACUGUGUCUCACCCGGUGGCCUUAGCAUAGUUAAGUGUGAAAUAUCCCCAAUCCUGAAAUCCCCAACUCCUAGUGUUUCUCCUAGAAUCAGCACCAGCAGGAAAAGUCUAAGGACAUCAUCGGGGGUAUCUCCUUCUGAGAAUGAUGUUCACGUUGAACGUGAAUUGGGCAUAAAGACUAGCAAUCUGAAAAGCUCAUCCACUGCCUUUUCUAGUCAGACAGGUCCAAGUUUCCUUACAAAAACUGAAAAUUUAGCUGCAAGCAUUCGCCAUGGUCUUGAAAUUAUAGAUAGUCAUCGUAGUGCAGCUUUGAGGCAGUCAUCAUAUAGGUUUUCAUUACGACCAAGAGAAUCCAGACAAACGUUCCCAGUUGACAAAGUUGAUGUGGGCGUGCAGACGUUUCUUGAUGACAAUGUUGAAGAAGAUUCUAUUUUGUUCACCUGUAGUAAUUGUAAAAACAGAACACAACUUGAUGUCAAUGAGACUGACAAUAGCUCAAACCUACAGUUGGUACCUGUUGAUGAUAGCUCAAACCUACAGCUGGUACCUGUUGAUUGCUUCGGGUCUGCUGAUAAGCCAAGCAAGCAAGUUCUCAAAGCAGUAGAGAAGGUCUUGGCAGGAUCAAUAAGGAGAGAAAUGGCACUAGAGGAAUUUUGUGCAAAGCAGAAUUCUGAAAUAAUGCAGCUUAAUCGCUUGGUACAACAAUACAAGAAUGCGAUGGAAUGCAAUGCCGUAAUUGCAAAGACAAGGGAUGAAAAAAUUCUUCGCCUUGAGAGCCUUAUGGAUGGUGUCUUACCUACCGUGGAGUUUAUGGAUGAAGAGCUGGUAGCUCUUACCCAUGAACACAAGGUUUUAAAGGAGAAAUACGAGAACCAUCCAGAAGUAUUGAAGAUGGAUAUAGAGUUAAAAAGAUUACAAGAUGAACUACAAGAGUAUCAAAAUUUCUACAAAUUGGGAGAGAGGGAAGUAUUGAUGGAAGAGAUACAAAGUUUAAGAAGCCAACUUCAAUUUUAUAUUGAUUCUUCAUCCACAGCAAGGAAGCAGUAUCCAUUACUGCAAUUGACUGGUUCAUCUGAACCCAAUUUGGCAGCAACAACUCUCACUGCCAUUCCAGAGUCAACAGAGGAGAGGAACGACACAAAUGAAAUUCAAGCAUCAAUCAAAGACAGUUUUGAAGUAAAACUUGAACAAGAAAGAAUUAAAUGGACUGAGGCAGAAAGCAGGUGGAUAUCUCUUUCUGAAGAACUGAGAGCCGAUCUUGAAGCUAACAGGUCGUUAGCUGAAAAGAGGAAACACGAAUUAGAUGCUGAGAGGGAGUGUACUAAGGAACUUCAGGAAGCCAUGCAUACGGCUAUAGAAGGACAUGCACGGCUUUUAGAACAGUAUGCAGAUUUGGAAGAGCAGCACGUCCAGUUGCUUGCAAGGCAUAGAAGGAUCCAAGAAGGAAUUGAGGAUGUCAAGAAAGCGGCUUCCAGAGCUGGGGUAAGAGGUGCAGAGUCGAAGUUUAUAAAUGCCCUUGCUGCAGAAAUUUCAGCAUUAAAAGCAGAAAGGGAAAAAGAAAGGCGAAUCUUAAGGAACGAAAAUAGAGGGCUCCAAGCCCAAUUGAAGGAUACCGCAGAAGCAGUGCAAGCUGCAGGUGAACUGCUUUUCCGGCUUAAAGAAGCCGAAGAAUCUGUCGUUAAUGCACAGAAACGGGCUAUGGAUGCAGAGCAGGAAGCCGCAAAGGCCUACAAACAAAUUGAUAGGUUGAAGAAGACACAUGAGAAGGAGAUUGUCUCACUUAAUGAGCUUGUUGCAGAAGCACGUUUGCAGAAGGAAUCGGUACCACCAGUUUAUGAUGUUGUCAUGCCCAAUUAUGAUGACGACUCAAAGGAGCCACCCUAUGUUAGUGAUCAGUUUGAGCCUUUUAAUAAUAAUAUUGCAGAAGAUGUCGAGCUUGCAAAAUUGGCAGAACCAUCCUGGUUCUCUAGUCAUGACAGAUGCAACAUAUAAAUCAUCAUUCUGUGUCAUUUUGUAUUAGCUUGUUGAUAUGAUUUGAAGAAAUGAUUGUAUUCUUUCGUUCUUACCCUUUGUGAGGGCAUAAAUGAGUCUGUAUCACCCCCCAUACCCUAUAUAUCUAGUUUUUUACUGCAAAGCCGAAUAUAAAUUGGCAGAUUGUCAUUAUAAAGUGCAAGUCUUGUAUGUUGUAUGUCUUUGAAGAAUCAAGAACCUCAGUUGUGUAAUAGCUAUUGACAUUGAUGCAAGUCUUGUAUGUCUUUUUGUCA